UGCCAUGGCGAUCUCCGCUCUCCGGCAACGGCCGGAAGUCUCUCCUCCAGCGACCUGGCCCAGACCCCUGGGAAGCGCCAGUUGCUAUGGUGAUCGUCUGUGCAGACAGCUUGUCGGACUCUCUCCAAAGUCAGUCCGCCCACAUCCCGCCCCCAGCGUCCGGGAUUCGUCGAACGCCCGCGGGUCCCGCGUGGCCCGCGUUGCCUUGGUGAUUCCUCGCCGCCCUGCAGUACUAGGCCGCGCUGAGCCCCGAGUCUUCGCAGGCGUGGACUCUGGAAGAAUGCGAUCCUCCCUGACACCUUUGGGGCCUCCUGUGAGCCGAGACCGCAUCAUUGACAGCCUUCCUAAGUGGUACACACCUGAUGCCUGUCUGCAACUCAAGGAGCAUUUCCACAGGCAGGUCAGCGCGGCUUGCCAACGCAGGAACACUGGGACUGUUGGGCUCAGACUCUCCAAGGUGGUGGUUGUUGGUGAUCUCUAUGUAGGAAAGACCAGCCUCAUCCACAGGUUCUGCAAGAAUGUUUUUGAUCGGGACUACAAGGCCACUAUUGGGGUGGACUUUGAAAUCGAGCGCUUUGAGAUUGCUGGGAUUCCCUACAGCCUCCAAAUCUGGGACACGGCCGGACAGGAGAAGUUCAAGUGUAUCGCGUCUGCCUAUUACCGGGGUGCCCAGGUGAUCAUCACAGCCUUUGACCUCACUGAUGUGCAGACUCUGGAGCACACCAGGCAGUGGCUGGAGGAUGCCCUAAGGGAAAACGAGGUGGGAUCCUGCUUUAUCUUCCUCGUGGGAACCAAAAAGGACCUUCUGUCAGGAGCAGCGUGUGAGCAGGCUGAAGCAGAGGCUGUGCACCUGGCCAAUGAGAUGCAGGCUGAGUACUGGUCGGUGUCGGCCAAGACAGGGGAGAAUGUGAAGGCAUUCUUCAGCCGUGUCGCUGCCCUGGCCUUUGAGCAGUCAGUACUGCAGGACCUGGAGAAGAGGAACAGCACCUGGCCCCAGGUCGGCGAUGGAGACCUCAUCCGAAUGGAGGAAAAUUCACCUGAGACCCAGGAAAGCAAGAGGCCCUUUAGCCUAGGCUGCUGUUAGCUGGGCUGGCACCAGAGGUCCCCCACUUCCUGCACAUGCAUGGGCAUAGGGCUAUGACUAUGGAGGGGUAACAUGGAGCCUGUCUCCCUCAAGGUGGGGAGGGCCUGUGUACCCAGGUCUUGGCUACUUAGGUUUCACAGGGAGAUUAUGGACACUAGUGCACCCAGGAUUGCCUGCUCAGGGGCCCAUACAGCCUGCUAGUGAGGAUACUGCAGUGAUCUUCUGAAAGGCCAGUCCCACGUGCAGUCAUUAUCCAACCACCUACGGCCUUGAAAGGCUUCUGGCCUGCAAACUCAGCAGUGGCCCACAUCCUUUGCCAAGGUACUGUUUCCCAGCAAUCCUGGAUGUGGCUUCAGAAUCCUUCUCAUUACCAUGUUCCAGGCAACCAGGAUUUGUCAGAACUGACCUGUGAAGGAAAGCCCGAGCUGUCCCACCUGGAAAUGUUCUGUUAUCAACAGGACAUAUAGUUGUGAGCGGUAGACCUUGAGGCUUGGUGUCCUUCAGGUUCCCUGGGCAGCCCUGUGUCUCUCAGGGACAAUGGGCAAGAAGGUUUCUUGGUCCCCUCCUGACCAGGGGACCCUCUCUAGAAUCUCUGAGCUCCCUAUAGCCUUGGUUGGAGGGUUAUGAAGGGCUGAACAAGUCAGUCGUGCCUCUGACCCGUCUGGAGGAUAAAUUUUCCUGGCCACGCCGAGAUGAAGAUCACACGGCCACACUUGGGUGAAUCACUGUACACCCCCUUCCCUCGGCACUGCCCUACUGUGACCCCCGCCAGUGUGUACUGUUGCCUCUCCAGGCUUCUCUCCCACUGGCUCGCAUAUCUCUUAGGACUUGUGUAGUGAUGUCCACACACCACUGGAGGACUGGGGACCCUUCAGAGUCUGGCAUGUUCCCGACUGCACCAUUCCUCUUACACAGCCAGUGCAGGCAGGGGUAUCCUCCCCACCCAGCUCUCUGCCCAGAGGCUCUGCCCUCCUCUCUGCCCUCUGCCGCUUGUGUUGCUCCUCUGGGAGGGCUCCCCUGACCCCUCGUCACUGCCCCCUGCCGCUGUGGCCAUGAGUCUGUGCCCACUCACACCCACCCUCUUGCCAUGGGUAGGUGGGUACAUCCAGCGUCCCUGUUUUCUUGGAGAUGGUGAGCAUUUUGGGGCAGCCUAUGCCAGUCAGCACCCUUCUCCUAAUGCCUGGCAUGCCAGUUGUGCCCCAUGAACGUUCACUGAAUCAUAGCAGUUGCCAAGUAUCAGACAAGAACACUGGCAUGUUCUGUUCAUUAUUUCUUUGCUAUAUUUUUAGCUCAUAUAUAUCACUUCUUUGUAUAAAUUGCAUAAUUUUAAAGUAAUCGUGUGCUCAGUGUAAAAACGAGUACAAAGCAUAUAAAAUACAGAUUAGAAGUACCACCUCUGGUUGGUCCCAUGCGACACCUAAGCCUGGUUAAUAAUUGGUACAGUUCUUUCUGGGAUGUGUUUACCUGUGUGCAGAGCACUACAUUUGUUACCUUAUUUCCCCAGAGUGACCUUGUGCUGUGCAUGCUGCCUGACAGACUGCCUUCCCCAUGGACCACCUGGGCUUACACACAGCCGGCUCAUUCCUUCACCAGCCACUCCGCUCUCCUUGACCUAACCGGCCCCAUACACAGGUCAUUUAGUUUGUGUUCAACAAUUAGCUUUUACUGACAGUGCUGCCCUGGCCGUCUUUGUAGUGGUGGUGUACAUUCAGGAUUCCCACAGGAGGUCCUCCUGGCCUGGUCCAUUGUGGGGGAGGGAGCAUAGUGGGGUUGCGUUGGGGAGGACCAAGUUUUCGGGGUACAAACAGAAUGGAAAUGACCAGCCAACAUGGGCUGGCUCCCUCCCCUCCCCCCUCACUCCCCAGGAUAGCGGUGGGAGAAGGGAAUGUGCUGUCCUGCUGUUACCAGCUUCUAGGCUGGACGCCCGGUGUGUCCUGUGCACCUAAACUAAUUAAGUGGUAGUUUAUUAAAUUCUCCUGUUGCUCACUGUGGUGUGCCAGCCAGUUCCUGCAGCCCGUUUGACAGUAAUGAUCUCUCCAAUUUCAAUAUUCAACUCAGAAGGACGGGAGACUAUGGGCAUCAGGGAAAAGUAAGGGACUCGAUUCCCAGGCAGUUAGCACAGUGUUGCCUUGGUGUAUUUGUGCUGCCUCAACUGAGAACCACACACCAGAUGAACUAUAACAAGUUUCUUUAGCUCAUGGUUCUGGCGGCUGAGAAGUCAAAGAAGAUGGUAUCAUCUGGCAAGGGUCUUCAUGCCACAUCAUAUAGCAGAUGCACCAGAGUGAGGUCAAGAGGGAACUUGAACUCAAAUCUUUGUAACAGACCAGUCUUGUGAUAAAUUACAUUAAUGCAUUCGUGAGUUCGAAACAACUCUUAGUAGGCUACACUUUCCAACAUUUGCAUUGGGGGUUACGUUUCAACGUGUGUUUUGGACAGGGUCAUGCAAACUAUAUCAAAUAGGGAUUUGUAGUCCAGUGGCAGAAUGCUUGCCUGGCAUGUGUGAGGCCCUGGGUUUAUCCUCAGCACUGAAGGAAAAACAAAAAACCAAAACAGCAAGCAUCAUCUCAGAAUCACUUUGGUGUAGUUCCUACCCUUUUCCUUUGAAACAAAGACAUUCUCUUCAAGCAUCUCACCAUUCCACAGCAAACUUCGGGGCAGAGAAUCUGUGAGUCUCAUUCUGCAGGUCCAAGCGAAGCGACCCCUGGCACCAAGGUACAGCAAGUAACCACAUCCCAGUGCUUCAGAAGCAUCUUUUCCUUCUUCCCUGUCUAUCCAUUCAUCCAUCUGUUUGUCUCUGUUCUCCUGGAGACACCUUCCUGUCCCUGUCAUACAGAUGAGGAAAAACCAAGAGCUGAAAAGACGAGCUAGGUCUGACACCUUCUCCACAUUCUUGGUCCCUCCUUUGCCUCUGCCCCACCUCAGCCUGGGAUCGUACUCCACGUGGCAUUACCCUUGGGGCUCUGUGUCCCUUACACAAGAGGGCCCCAAUCAGGUGUUUCCUUCCAGGGCCACCCAAGAUUGCCACUAGAACAGGGAUUACUAUCCUCAGUAUUGUAAAAUGAAAUGAAAAAAUAAAAUUCUAAAAUAAAA